GGGGGCGUGGUGCAGUCCCGGCGGAAAGGAGUCAGGACCAUCUUCAGGACAAACAUCGAUCAUGAAAUUCGCCGAACAUCUCUCAGCCCACAUCACGCCGGAAUGGCGCAAACAGUACAUCCAGUACGAGGCUUUCAAAGAGAUGCUGUAUACAGCCCAAGACCAAGCACCAUCUUUAGAAGUCACAGAUCAAGAUACAGUUAAGCGAUACUUCGCCAAGUUUGAAGAGAAGUUCUUCCAGUGUUGUGAAAAGGAACUUGCCAAAAUCAACACAUUCUAUUCAGAAAAGCUUGCUGAGGCUCAGCGUAGAUUUGCUACACUUCAGAAUGAGCUGCAGUCAACACUUGAGGUGCAGAUGGACCGCAAUGCAGUUUCUAAUUUACGCCAAAGGAGGACUGUGUUCCCACUCUCCCAUAAGGAACGUGUACAUCAUAGGAACAUUCGUGACCUGAAGUUAGCUUUCAGUGAGUUCUACCUCAGCCUGAUUCUGCUCCAAAACUACCAGAAUCUGAAUUUCACUGGUUUUAGAAAGAUUCUGAAAAAACAUGAUAAAAUGUUGGAGACAAGCCGUGGUGCUGAUUGGAGAGUGGCACAUGUAGAGGUGGCUCCAUUCUAUACCUGCAAGAAGAUCACCCAGCUGAUCAGUGAAACAGAGGCUCUUGUUACUGCAGAAUUGGAAGGAGGUGACAGGCAGAAAGCCAUGAAGAGGUUACGAGUACCACCUCUUGGAGCUGCUCAGCCAGCCCCAGCGUGGACCAUAUUCAGGGUGGGAAUGUACUUUGGAAUUUUUGUUGUACUUCUUGCAGCUCUGAUACUCAUAGGUAAAUCAAAAGAAGGGAACAUUUGGCCUUUGGUGCGUAUUUACCGGGGUGGAUUCCUUCUGAUUGAGUUUCUCUUUCUGCUUGGCAUCAACACAUAUGGUUGGCGGCAGGCUGGAGUGAACCAUGUGCUAAUCUUUGAGCUCAACCCCCGAAGCAAUCUGUCCCAUCAACAUCUCUUUGAGAUUGCUGGCUUCCUAGGAGUCCUUUGGGGCUUGAGUCUGUUCAUCAGUUUAUAUGGGUCAUACGACUUAGUUCCAAUGCAGGUCAACCCUCUCAUACUGUAUGGGUUCAUGUUCCUGUUUCUCAUCAAUCCCACGAAAACCUGCUACUACAAGUCUAGGUUCUGGCUGUUAAAGCUCCUGUUCAGAGUCUUCACAGCUCCAUUCCACAAAGUAGAGUUUGCAGAUUUUUGGCUGGCCGACCAAUUGAACAGCUUGGCUACAAUUCUGAUGGACCUGGAGUACAUGAUCUGCUUUUAUAGCUUUGAGCUGAACUGGAGCUUGAGUGAGGGACUGCUCAGUGCUCCAGGUGAUAGCGUGUGCCACAGCUACUCCUAUGGAGUAAGAGCCAUCAUCCAGUGUCUGCCCGCGUGGGUACGCUUCACACAGUGCCUGCGCCGCUACCGAGACACCAAACGAGCAUUCCCUCAUCUAGUCAAUGCUGGGAAGUAUUCCACCACCUUCUUUGUGGUGACCUUUGCUGCUCUCUACAGUACACACAAAGAACAGAAACACGAAGACGCAUUGGUUUUUCUCUACCUGUGGAUCGCCUGCUUGUUGAUCAGCUCCUGUUACACACUCACCUGGGAUCUGAAGAUGGACUGGGGUCUCUUUGACAAAAAUGCUGGAGAGAAUACUUUCCUGCGUGAGGAGAUAGUUUACCCUCAGAAAAGUUAUUACUACUGUGCCAUUGUAGAGGAUGUCAUCUUGAGAUUUGCUUGGACUGUGCAGAUUUCUGUUACCUCAAUGAGUACAUUUGCUUCAGCGGGAGAUAUAAUUUCUACAGUCCUGGCCCCACUGGAAGUCUUCCGGCGGUUUGUGUGGAAUUUCUUCCGUUUGGAGAACGAACAUCUGAACAACUGCGGUGAAUUCCGUGCUGUACGUGAUAUCUCAGUGGCUCCCCUCAAUGCUGACGACCAGACUGUCCUGGAACAGAUGAUGGACCUCGAGGAUGGAGUGCGGAACCGCCAGAAAAACAGAGUGUGGAAACGCACAUAUAGCAUAUCUCUGCGCAAAACACUAGUGAGGCCUCGUGAUGCAGCCGUGUUAAUUGAAGACACAGAUGAUGAAGCGUACACAUGAAAGUCAACACGGAGCACUCAUUGUCCUUCACACGUUCCAGUUCUACCAGGCACUGAACACAAUCUGCCACUCUGCGUGGCAACAGACUCAAUUCCAUUUAUCCCCUUUGAUUUAAUAUAUUAAUUUAAACUGAUAUGUAAAAAAGCGGUGUCAAGAACAAUUCUACAAACGACAGCAAAACAUAUCCACAAGGAUCAAAUCAAACAGAACAGACUCUGUGCUGGAAAAUACCGAUUUUUUUUUGUUUGUUUGUUUUGUCUUUUUUUUCUUCUCUCUCAGGCUCAGUAUAGCUAGGGCUGGUUUAUUCACAUCAUUCUGACCAGCUCAUGGCCUUGGUUGCACUUGCAGGGAAAGUGCACUUAAUUGUACUUCCUACGUGAAGUUAUUGUGUUUAAAAAAAAAUUCAUUUUGAUAUGUAUUAAUUCUGUUCCAAUUGGAAAUGUUCAUAUUAUUUAUGAAAGAAAAUUGUGUCCUGUAUGUUAAUGCAGAAGUUAGUGUCAAUGUUUGUUGAAAUUUUAUUUUGUGUUUCAGUCAAUGGUUAGCUUUCUUUUGCAAGAAAGCAAACCAUCCUUAUUAAGAGCACUUCAAAGCUUUCUAGGUGGUAGUUCCUGCAGAGCUGUCAAACACAGAAGUCCUGCAUCCAACACAGACCACCAAGCUACAUUCCACUGGCAAAGGUUACCCAUGACAGGCUGGUUUCUUUACAAAACUGUACAGGUGCCACAAAACGUUAGUAGUUCUUAUAACUCAUAUCUAUAGCCAGUAGCAUCAAAGACUGGUGCAAAGAAAUGAUCUAUUGCCUAUCAAAGAAUGAUCUAUUGCCUAUCGCUGUUUACAUAUCCCAGAAACUGGAUCGAAAGUUUCAAAGAAAAUUCAACAAGUAUAAUCCGUUCAUUUUUUUUCUUGACUAAAGUUUGACUGUCAAGUGAUGGAUUUCCUCAGCACAUGUAUUUAAUCUGAAAUCAGUGAGAUUUCCAUUUUGCUUUUCAUUUCUUUGAACCAUUCCUGCAAAUCGCCACUGUCUUGUAUGUGCCCAGCCUACCAUGGUGUCUGGCAUGUUGAUUGGUGCAUCGGGGAUUUUUCUGGGAAUGGUGAGUUCAGGGAACUGUUGGUGCCAAUGUUCUAGAAGCUGCUGUUCCUCUCUGUUCCCUAGAAUAGUGCAUGCUAACAUUUCUCCAGUUACUUAGGCCCAUGACGGUUUGAGUGACACUUUGAGCAGAUGCGUACCAUGGGCGGAUGUUUCAGUGAAGCCACCUUAAGGUCCAGUUCAAUCAGCCAAUACCAAGGUCAGUGGAGAGAUUUCACUGCAUGUCCUGCUACCUGGGCCAAUGGCCGGCUGCAAGCUAUAGGAUCUUGACUUGGUUGAUGUGGCAAUUCAGUGUGAAAUUGUGUAGUAAUGAAUUUGGGAAUUGCUCACUGAUCACUCAUGUCAUAUUCUAAAAUUACCUUCUAAUAAUGAUUCUAUUCUGGAAUAGCCUUAAGAGGGCUCUAUCGUAACAAAGAACUCAUGAUCCUAGACAUACACAAAGGAGGGCAGGGUAAGAACAGGCCCAGGCAUGGACGUUAAGUCCCCCUUGCUUCUCUUGGCUGAGCCUGAUAAACAGUGGUUUACAAUUUGUUGCAGAUGCCAAAUAGUGGGGGAAGACUUCUGUGUCAGGGAGCUGUGAGUUUAGCUCAUGUGGAUGCAGGACUGCCUUCCAUAAUAGUGUGUAGCCUAGUACAAUCAACUGGAAUUGGAAGUUAAACCAAAUGCCAUGAGCAUUGGAUAUGAUCAAAUUUUUUGAUGAAUGACCCAUUCAUAGGUAAAAUAAUGGCAAAAAAAUCCUUCACUGGUACAAAUGCAUGAUAUUCACCCUUCCUUCAUUUGCAGCAAUCACAUGUUUUAUACAGAAUUUCACAUUCCUGUUGCCUUCUGUUAAUAAAAUGUACUGAAAACGUUGAGAUUCAGUCAAAUUGUAAUACCUGCUGAGUAAUAGGGAGAAAAGGGACACUAGAUAGCUAGGCCAAACGUGAACUUCUCCAUGAAUGUGGAAGCUCAAUUAACAUGCUUCGGGCAGUUCCACAGUGCCAGUAUUGGCACCCUCAACUACCCCUUUUACAUCAUGGGACCGUUUCCAACGUAAGUGUUUCCACAGUAGUUAUUGCUGCAUAUGACUUGUUUGAUGUGUGGGGGCAGACCCAGCAGUAGACAAAGCAUCCAGUCAUGUUUGUAUAUCUGACCUCCUCUGAAUAUUGGGCAAAGCUUAUUACUGAGCACCAGGGCAAGUGAGGGCUGAAAGUAGAAUGCAGUGUAAUUUUCUAUAAGUAAUACAAUGGAGCAAAGAUAGAAGGAAUCCCUUACCUGUGUUCAGUCUUGAGAAAGCUAGCUAGGGAAAUAUAUAGAUUUGUGCUUGCAUUGUUUGUGGUACUGUGUUAGAUAACCAAUUUACAGUGCCCUGUCACCAACACUAGAGUUGAGUUUCAAUGACUCCCUCUAUAACCGGUGACAGAAUUAAUACAUUACAAGUGUACAUUACUUGAUUCCACUUUUGUAUUUUGUAGCAAUUAGGGUAAAAUCCAGUUCCAUAGCCUAAUGCCUAAAUCAAAAGUUAAAAAAUGAACAUUAAAUCCAGUUUGCAAAAUAUCUUUCAGGGAGUAUUUUCAUAUUUUCUCUUCAUAAUUUUAAUCUGGGGUCAAUUUUCUAAAUGGAAAUGUGACAAAGAUUCUUUAGCUUUCACUCAGAAACUCUGAACUGGCAUUGGCAAUUUCCUGUUCUGAAUUGAGUUAGCAUUUGCUGAAUAUUUGAUAGUCCCAUUCAAUCUUCUGACACGCAUAAAAGGUAGCCAAUCCUUGCAGCCUCACUAGCUGAAAAUACAUAGCUCUCUAGUUGGCAUAAGUGUAAUUCUGGUGAAGGAAAGCAGCAGAUGAACUGUAGAUAUUUGAAGAGGUACUCAAACAUGUGUUCCAUCUCUUUACCUCCUUUAUUGGUUCCUCACAGAGUCAGGAUAUAUUGGAUUGAGGCAUUGCCUUCAUUGCUCGCUCUGCAAAACCACCCCAUAUCUCAACUCAUCUCCUUGCUUGCAGGAGAAUUUCAUUGUGAUCUUUGAACAAGGAAAUCAAGUGUAGGAUGUCUCCCUUCUUUUGCAGUUAGUGUACAACAGCACAGAAGGAUGACAGUAUUUUGUAUAUUUGAUGAGAAGGUGGCACAGACUUGCUUGAAGCCACUGAAUGUUCAGUCCACAGCAUAAAACUGGAGAAUCCCAGAGGUUUUUUUUUAAAAAAAACUUAAACACAGAAUCAAAUCCAUCAGCAUUCAGGACUUCUGACCUUGGACAGUGCAAAUGGCCAUAAUCCUUGGCCCAUUCUAUUAAACUCUCCCACCUCUACAACCACUGCCUGGCCCAUUCUAUAAUACCUUACCCUCUCUAUAAACUGUGUCUGGCCCAUUCUAUAAACCCUGGUUCCUCUGUAACCAGUGACAGCCCCAUUCUGUAGAACUUUCUUCCUCUGUAACAGGUGAAUGACCCAUUUACAAUCCCUUGUCUCUUGAUAACCAGUGACUGGUCCAUUCAAUAGAUCCUUGUCCCUCUGUAACAAAGAAACAAACAAAACAAGAAACAAAGAAACCUACAGCACAGAAACAGGCCUUUCGGCCCUCCAAGCCUGCACAGAUCAAGAUUCUCUGUCUAACCUGUCAUCUAUUUUCUAACGGUCUGUGUCCAUUUGCUCCCUGCCCAUCCAUGUACCUGUCCAAAUAUAUCUUAAAAGACGCUAACGUGUCUGCGUCUACCACCUCCGCUGGCAAUGCGUUCCAGGCACCCACCACCCUCUGCAUAAAGAACUUUCCAUGCAUAUCUCCCUUAAACUUUCCUCCUCUCACUUUGAACUCAUGACCCCUAGUAAUUGAGUCCCCCACUCUGGGGAAAAAGCUUUUUGCUAUCCACCCUGUCUAUAUCCCUCAUGAUUUUGUAGACCUCAAUCAGGUCCCCCCUCAAUCUCCGUCUUUCUAAUGAAAAUAAUCCUAAUCUAUUCAACCUCUCUUCAUAGCUAGCACCCUCCAUACCAGGCAACAUCCUGGUGAACCUCCUCUGCACCCUCUCCAAAGCAUCCAUAUCCUUUUGGUAAUGCGGCGACCAGAACUGUACACAAUACUCCAAAUGUGGCUGAACCAAAGUCCUAUACAACUGCAACAUGACCUGCCAACUCUUGUACUCAAUACCCCACCCAAUGAAGGAAAGCAUGCCAUAUGCCUUCUUGCCCACCCUAUUGACCUGCAUUGUCACCUUCAGGGAACAAUGGACCUGAACACCCAGAUCUCUCUGUUCAUCAAUUUUCCCUAGGACUUUUCCAUUUACUGUAUAGUUCACCCUUGAAUUUGAUCUUCCAAAAUGCAUCACCUCGCAUUUGCCCGGAUUGAACUCCAUCUGCCAUUUAUCUGCCCAACUCUCCAGUCUAUCUAUAUUCUGCUGUAAUUUCUGACAGUCCCCUUCACUAUCAGCUACUCUACCAAUCUUCGUGUCAUCUGCAAACUUGCUAAUCAUAUCACCUAUACCUUCCUCCAAAUCAUUUAUGUAUAUCACAAACAACCGUGGUCCCAGCACAGAUCCCUGUGGAACACCACUGGUCACAGAUCUCCAAUUUGAGAAACCCCCUUUCACUACUACUCUCUGUCUCCUGUUGGCUAGCCAGUUUUUUAUCCAUCUAGCUCGCACACCCUGGACCCCAUGUGACUUCACUUUCUCCAUCAGCCUGUCAUGGGGAACCUUAUCAAACGCCUUACUGAAGUAACCUGUGACUGUCCUAUUCUAUACACCCUCGUCUUUUCAUAACCAGUGACUGGCUCAUUUUGAAGAAGUAUAGCUUUUUUUAUAUAAUGUUUGAAUGGGCCAUUGCUUUUGAGACUCCAGUGUUUGGUCAGAAAAUUGCUCUUAUAAGCUCAUAGGUUACUUCUUCCCAACUAUCAUCAUAUGGUCCAUAUAUUGUAUUCCUGAUCAAUGACAGAAUGGUCAUUCAAUUCACUACACACUAGAUUCUGCCACUUACUGGAAAGACCUGUUCUGGAUUGGGCUAUCAUUUGCUGAAAAUUUGACAAUUCCAUUCAAUAUGGUAUGCAUUUCCCACCCUCUCUCAAAUAAAAGCCAGGCAACCCUUGCGGACCCACUAGGUAAAAAGAGCAACUACCUAUAUAGCCUAAGUGUUAUGCUGCAUAUGAUAAUGGAGGGCAGCGGAUGAUCUGUUGAAAUUUGAGUGGGAAUAUUCUGGAUAUUGGAAAAAAACAUGUAAAGUGACAGUGAGUUUGACCGUUUAGAAUUAUUUAUAAAGGUAUGAAAUUACUCAGAGGUAUUUGACUGUGUAUUGACCCUAGAUGUCCUUGAUUUUCCUCCUGUAACAUGCCAGUGCUGCACACUAGAGGGAGGGAGCUUUGAGGCUGUGAUAGCAACACCAGAAGGUAAGUCUCUCCAAUUACCAAUCAAAAGUUUUCUCAUUUUUAAAAGGUGUCUCCAUUUUUUUCCUCCCAACUUUUGCCGUCCACUGGUUUCCCCAAACAAUUGGGUAAGCUUUUCACCCUGAAAAGAAACAAAAGCAAGAGGCAUUGGCUUGCCUUGGCCAGUGAGCAGUAUCAGAUUCAGCACUAGAUCCUGCUGAAGGGCAUCUCUAACCCCACCUCUGGAUGCAGGAGCCCACUAUUACCUCGAGUUAAUAGGGAGAACAGUGCACUAUCAAAACCCAGUCUAAAAAUCAAAGUCUGCUGAAAUAAAAGAUGUCUUUUGCUGUUGGCAUUGUAGAGUGGCAGAGAAGCACAGGCAAAAAGCACAAAGGUGUCUACAGUUCAGAUCAUUCCAUCACACCCAGCACAGUGGCAAGUAAGCCUGGGAAUGUGGAGAUUUCAUCCCAAAACCUCAAUGUUCUUGCAGUGCCCCAUUACAGUUAAUCUAACAGGGGGGUCUCACAAUGUUAUUGUUAUCAGUUAGUUAAGUGACAACCUGUCUCAUAACCUAGCCCAAAGUGUAACUCCAUGAAAAGACAACAGGCAGUUGAGCUAUUCUUUACCUAAUAUUGAUGAAAUGAAAGUGCGUUAUUGUGUAAGCAAAAGCAGUUUUUGGGGACCGUGUGUGUUCCUGCAUUUGGCCCCACCUCUGUUCUUUUACAGGACAUCAACAAUGGGCAUUUUCAAGCAGCUGCUGUUUAGUCCAUGAACAAUUGAGUUCAUUUAUGUGGUACUGAGCUACACAGAGCUGCCUGUGAUCAUAAUUUACUGUGCAGCCAGCUUGUCAAUUAAUUUGCAGAAUAAUUGAUACACCUGUGACACUAGACUUGGGGGGAAAAGCUAUCACAAUUAUGACCAAUUUAAAAACCUAACUGGCAGGAAGUUCAGAGACCGGUCUUCAUUGCAUGACUGACUAUUUCAGUACGGUGUGGGGCUGGAGGAGCACAGCAGGUCAGGCAGCAUCAGUCGAACAGAAGAGUCAACAUUUGGGGCCUGAACUCUUCUUCAGGACUCCAGGCCCGAAAUGUCGACACUCCUGCUCCUCUGAUGCUGCUUGACGGGCUGUGUUCAUCCAGCCUCAUGCUGUAUGGACUGGCUGUUUUGCUGCUUUAUUCUGUGAUUCAGUUUUAGUUUUUAACAUGCUUAUUUUCAGAUAAUCUGCUGAGAAGGUUCUUCCUUCUCCCAUGUAAACCCUUGUGCACCAGAACCAUAUUCUCAGAGUGUUCAAUUACUAAUGCUACCAAGCUUGUGGCUUGUGGCUUCUGUUCUCUGUCACCAGCCCCAGGAAUGUGAAACUGGGAUCAGCUACUCACGUUUGGUGGGGCUGUGCAAAGUGAUAUUAAAAUCAAACUGUCUUGUGCAAAAGACCCAGGUUUCUGAGCUGCCUGGCCUUUUUAACCACAGUCAUUAGCCUCUGACAACUGAGUCAUAUUUGUUGCAUUAUCUUAGGAAAUGAACUAGUCUGAAAAACUGCAAAAGAAGAGUUACUAAUGAAACAGCGAGCCUGAUCUGUAAAUAUUCUGAAGCUGAUUCUAUUCCGAUUGUAGCCUUGGGUUUUCAAGCUGCUUUAUUGUGCUACAUAGAUGGCUGAAGACUUGGAUCUUGCGAAAAGCAGGUUCAGUGAUGCCCCCAAUAGUAACCCACAUCUUUCACCUCUGGUGAUGUUGCCACUGUCUAUCAACAGCUUUUGAGGUGCCUGACUUUUGACUUUGUUAUUUGUCACCUAUACUCCAAACAUUGCUUUCAUUUCAUCAGAUGGAAAUAUCUUGGGUGGGGGUGGGCACAGAAUUCUGCUUUUCUUGUGUCCAUUGCUAUUGACAAAAAAAGGUGGAAUUUUAAUUUGUCUUAUUUGGGUAGUUAUUGGCUGUAGUUUGUUGCUAGCUCUAGAGUUAUACGCAUCCAGACUUCACCAAUGUGGCAGUAUUUCAGAGCUAUCAUUUUCCUCGUCAAUCUUUCACCUUUGAUGAUUUUCCGUUAGUCAAGAAACAAUCAUCCUGAUACCUCAAAAUUACUUUCAGCUAUACUGCAAUGGAACAAUUGCAGCACUUUACCCUGAGGGAACUGCUGAUGCCCCUGUACUUUAUCUCCCCCCCUCUCUAAUUUAUAUUGGGAUCAGCAAUGUAUAAUUUUUUUAAUGCACAGGGUGAAUAAAGGAAUGAAAAGCUAUAUAAUCACUCAACAUCUGGGCUCUGAAUGUACAGCUAGCUGGAAGCUAAUAAAUAAAAAUCGGCUCAGUGAAAAGGAAAGAAAGCAGGAAUAGGUUCAUCAGAUCUCUAUUGACACAGGUCCACAGGCACAGAAGCACCCACAACCUUGUAUUAGACUGGCACAGGAGAUUUGAGAAUUGGAAGGAAAGCGUGCAUUUUGGAAGUUGCGAUUAAACCACAUAGUUAAGUCUGCACUCCCCUCUUUUAAUAAUAGAUGCGAUUUGGUUGCAUCCUCUAAGAAGUAAAAUGCAGCAACUAAAUUGAAAGGGUUUAGUAGGGAAGGAGGCCACUUUCUGGCAGCAGCCAUUGCGACAAUGGCUGUUAAUUUGUUUCUUUUUAACCUCACUUCCCAUAUGUGUAUAUGCAGCUGUUAUAUUCCUCAAUGCCUUACCUUUGUUUGUUCCUAACUGCGUCAUCCAAAGUUUUUAAUCUCCUCACCACCCAUCCCCACUUUCCCAAUGCAAUUGUAGCCAUUUUGGUGAUUGAGGCUUAUCCAAGUUUAUGUACAGGUUGGUGUUGAUGUUAGUGAAAAACCUGCACUGAAACCAUGGUGUGGGUGAUUAUCCUAUACCUGUUUUGUGUGUGUUUUUUGUUUUAUGGAGAGUGUUACCUUCAUUGGUAGCUUGUUUCCUAAAUACAAAUAUAUUUUUUCUUGGUUAUUUGCAACACUUUCUAUUAAGUUGCAAGAUUCCUAAGCCUGGCACUGCUGUGGUUUUCUGCAGAGGUGGUGUGGCAUAAUUUUGUGCAAAUCAUGGUAUGUUUCAGUAGGAUCUAGAAGUACCACUCUGGACAGCAUGGGUCGAAAGUUAGCAAAUUGCAUGACGCAGUAGGUUUGUAACUCUUUGGUCCUCACAUUAUGGUUUCCCCAACAUUUUACUUGCUGAAAUCCUGAGUAACACAGCUAUAGCAACACAUUCUUGGGGCACUGUCUGUGUUGAUUCAGAAGGCUUACAGACCUAAGGACCAAAAUGAGUGAACUCAACACAGUGCUUUAAAGUUUUAACUGAAGGACGGUGUCUCGUGACAAGUGAAAGGAUAGCAUUGACUUUCCACUGAUAACAUAUCAAACAAUCACUACUUAGAACUCCGUGUCCUAAUUAGCAAUUUUUCACUAUAAAUUGAAGGUGAUCUAUAAGGGGUCUGUUGCUGUAUUAAUAACAUGAGUUGAUGUGUUUAUUGCUGCCCAGCAAGUUUAGUCUUUUUUCUGCAAGACAAUAGAGACAACAUUUCAGAACUGUUUUUAGGAUUUCCCAAGCAUCUGAAAGGCCCUGUCUAAAUAUGCAACUUUCUUUUCCUUUUCCCACACCGCAUUGUGUUUUAUUUUACCCCUGUAAGCUUCAGGCAGUCCUGGGUCUCACUCAGAGCGUCAGCUGUUCAUAUCUUCCUGUGUCCCACCAUAGCAUUGCCCCUCUCCUACUGCAAGCUUUAUCACCCUGGUGGUCACAAUUAGUCACUCUCAUUGCUUACUAUUGUUCCUCUCCCUGAAGAUAUAACCGUCUUUUAAAAUAUGGUGGACUCACUUGGCAAGACAUUUAGAAAGAUAUAAAGAACUCAGCUGGGAUAGAUGACUUAGUAAAGGGAGUGAUCCUACAGUAAACUCCUCCCUGAUAGUAGGUCUAAUUACUCAUUAAUGCCAAAGCUGCUUCUGCUUCCUGGACCUUGCAACUCCUAACAUGGAAUUACAUGAAACUGUGACUAGGAUCAUUUUAGUGGGGAACAUUUGCAAUGUGAAUUGGCAAGUUGAGCACUGUUCUUGAUACACAGCUUCCAUUCACUGGUCAAUGGCUUUGCCAAAAAACAGCACAACAUUCAUUAAUCAUCUCCUUGCUAAGGCAAAGGUGAAACCUUUUUAAAUGCAGCAGGUGGAAUUGUUAAACAAAGACACAAAGUCCCUAGAGCAUAUACACUGGGAUGAGCGUCCACAGAAUACAGUUCAGAGCCUAGGUGAUGAGUAGAUUUUUUUUUAAACAUCACGCAGUUGUACAUUUUUUGUGCUUUUGAACAAAUACAUACUUCAGCCCUUGGAUAUUUCAACUGAUUUUUGAAGGACACAAUUCCAUGUGUUGACUUGUACAAUAGUUUACUUUUCCCCUGCCAGCAGCACUGUUGAUAGUAUGAUGCUUAUGAGUCCUGUUAAUUGAACAAAGUGAAUAUGGAAUGUGAUUGGUCCUAUAUUGGUGGUCUCUUUUUCCUGCUCCCCUCACUAUUGCUGACUAUUUGCUUGCAAUUCCAUGAUGUAAAAGCAAAGCUUGCCAAUACAGUCUUUGUAGUCUGUGCUGUGCCCUGUUGGUGAUGCACAUUGUGAUCAUUGAUGUGUGUGGAAGAUAGAUGGUGAAUAGAUUUCUGUAGCUUAAGUGUUGCUCUCGGAGAAGGAUGCAUUUUCUCCAUCUCCCCUUGAAUAGAAUAGUUUGUAAAAUGGUGAUUGAUUUCUCUGCACUGUAUUCUGACGGUGAUCUUGAAUUGUAUUUCUGUACACACCACAAUUUUGCCUUUGGUUUUAUAAACCAUGUUGUUUGAUUUCUCUUUCAAUGGGGAAUACUUGAAAUGUACAACUCCUUUCUCAUUUCUUUUGACUUCCCUGCUUCUUUUUAUGUAAUGUGAUUAUAUCAUAAAGUAUGCCAAGUUUAAAAAGUACUUAAGUUUGAUAUUGUUUUAGGACUAAAUUCGAGCCCCAUUUGUAACUUGUGAACAUAUUGAUAUGAAUACAAUGUGAGAAGAGCUUGGUUACUUCUUUAACCAGUACCUCAUCACUGUCUGACUGGCAUUUCUUCAGACAGUUGUCAUGUCCAGGGGAAAUAGACCCAUGCAAAGUUACUACCUUUCAUUCGUCAUAGAAUCAUUCAGCAUUGAAACAUACCCUUCAGUCCCACUCAUCUAUGCAGACCAAUCUGACCUAAACCCAUUUUCCAGUAUUUAACCCAUAUCCCUCUAAACCCUUCAUAUGCCUUUUAAAUGUUGUAAUUGUACCAGACUCCACCAUUUCCUCUUGUUCCAUACAUGCAUCACCCUCUGCAUGAAAAAAGUACCCAUCAGGUCCUUUUUAAAUCUUUCCCCUCUCACCUUAAACUUACACCCUUUUGUAGGUCCCCGUGACCCUCGGAAAAAGACCCUUUGGCUUUUCACCCUAUCCAUGCCAGUCAUGAUUUUAUAAACUUCUAUAAGGUCGCCCUUUAGGUUCCGAUGCUCCGGGGAAAAUAUCCCCAGCCUAUUCAGCCUCUUGCUAUAGCUCAAACCCUCCAACCCCCUGCAACAUCCUUGUAAAUCUUUUCUGCACCCUGUCAAUUUUAACAGCAUCCUUCCUGUGGGAGGGCAAACCAGAGUUGUAUCCAGUAUUCUAAAAGUGGCCUCACCAAUGACCUUAUUGUUCCUGGUUCAAACCUACUUGUGUGAGGAUAAAAUUUGACUGAGCUCUGGUGCCCUCUAACUGCUUCAAUUACUGUUUAAACUCUUAAAGUGAAGAAUGUCAACUGUGACCACAACUGUUGCAUUCAAUUAAGAUUGGCCUACACAGCACAAAGUUUGGUUCAAAUUCAGGACAAACUAUCCAAUAUGGCUUAGAUUUACAUCAGAUAUUGGUUUUACUGCUACCCCCUUGAGGGAAAGAUGUGAGUCUCAACAAUAAAGAGAAUAUCAGACUUUUUAUGAAAAAACAAAUCUAAAGCUGAGAAACAUUGAUAAUUAACUUGAAAACGAAAUGGAAUUUGACAUACAGGGGCAGCCAUUCCGUCUAUCUGGUCUAUGACAGUUGAUCUACUCCAUAUAAACUUCAAGCCACCCUACAUCUAAUCCUCUUAGCACAUACUCCUGUUCCUCUCUGUGUUGUGCUUACGUGUCCCUUGAAUUAAAAUGUCACACAUUUAGAAAUAAUUGUAUAAUGGCAAUAUUACAAACCCACAUUUAUACCUGGAUUGUAUUACUCUCAUUUAGAACAUAGAACAUUACAGCAUAGUAUGGGCCCUUUGGCCCUUGAUGUUGUGCCGACCUGUCAUACCGAUCUGGAGCCCAUCUAACCUACACUAUUCCAUGUACGUCAUAUGCUUAUCCAGUGACGACUUAAAUUUACCUAAAGUUGGCGAAUCUACUACCGUUGCAGGCAAAGCGUUCCAUUCCCUUACUACUCUCUGAGUAAAGAAGCCACUUCUGACAUCUGUCCUAUAUCUUUCACCCCUCAAUUUAAAGCUAUGCCCCCUCGUGCUCGCCGUCACCAUCCUAGGAAAAAGGCUCUCCCUAUCCACCCUAUCUAACCCUCUGAUUAUUUUAUAUGUUUGAAUUAAGUCACCUCUCAACCUUCUUCUCUCUAAUGAAAACAGCCUCAAGUCCCUCAGCCUUUCCUCGUAAGACCUUCCCUCCAUACCAAGCAACAUCCUGGUAAAUCUCCUCUGCACCCUUUCCAAAGCUUUCACAUCCUUCUUACAAUGUGGUGACCAGAACUGUACACAAUACUCCAAGUGCAGCCGCACCAGGGUUUUGUACAGCUGCAGCAUAACCUCUUGGUUCCGGAACUCGAUCCCUCUAUUAAUAAAAGCUAAAACACUGUGUGCCUUCUUAACAGCCCUGUCAACCUGGGUGGCAACUUUCAAGGAUCUGUGUACAUGGACACUGAGAUCUCUCUUCUCAUCUACACUACUAAGAAUCUUACCAUUAGCCCAGUACUUUGCCUUCUGGUUACUCCUACCAAAGUGCAUCACCUCACACUUGUCUGCAUUAAACUCCAUUUGCCACCUCUCAGCCCAGCUCUGCAGCUUAUCUAUGUCUCUCUGCAACCUACAGCAUCCUUCGUCACUAUCCACAACUCCACCGACCUUCGUGUUGUCGGCAAAUUUACUAACCCAUCCUUCUACGCCCUCAUCCAGGUCAUUUACAUAAAUGACAAACAGCAGUGGACCCAACACCAACCCUUGCAGUACACCACUAGUAACUUUCUCCCAAUAGGUUUGUUAUGAAAAGUAGGAAAAAGCUAAAAUUUUUGAGAGGUUUCUCAGCAGAGUUCUUGAUCUGGCCUCAGUUCUCCUGCUACAAUUAGAGCUGGCAGUGGGGAGAGUAUAGUUGACCUCAGUGCCCACACCUUAGGGAGAGGAAGAAUCAGCCAGGUCUCUGGCAACCCAGAGACUCCUGUUGGAGGUCCGCGUGUAAGGACAGGGUCUUGAAGUCAAAUGUGUGCAGACACUCACUUUCCUGGCUCAUCCUUGGUAAAUGAUCUCAUGGCCAUGCAGCAGGGCUAAGUUGUAUACUCACAGCCUGUGCACGGCAGGAGGAACCAGCCUGAUCAAACUGUCUGCUGCCAGACCUGCUGAGUUUCUCCAGCAACUUGUUUUUGUCUCUGGUAACUGAGUUCUGACAUAGGCCAUUCUGUAAAGACUUGGAGGGGCACCACAUUGAAGAGAAGCAAAUUGGUCAUGCUGCAUGCACAGUAUGCCUGAGUCUUUCCACACUAGAAUCUACUACAAUUGGCAUUCCCAGCAUCACAGCACAACUCAACAAUGUGACACAGCUUCUUGAGUUGGACUAAAUGCACCCUAAGAGUUUUGACGGGAUGACUUGUCCACUGGGUUAGAUUGGUGAAAUGUUUCCUCAAUACCAGCCUUGGAGCCAACCCUUGACUGGUUCGUCUGCCUAACUUAGGGAGUUGUACAUUGCAUGUGUUCCCUUUCGGAGCUUUACUUGUUGUCACGACUGCACGUCUUGCAGCGCUACACUUAUCCCUGUCUUUCACAUGCCCCUGACCUGUUUAAGCAAACUGUUUUUUUUGACAAUUCUGUGAUACAAUCAACCUGAAAAUCCACAAGGUCACAAUUGAAAAUCGAUCUAUACUAGUGAAGAUUUAUAUCGUACAGCCGUAAUCAGUGUUUGUUUUUACAAAGUAUCAAUGAUCAGUGAUCAGUAUUACCUCUAUGUACAAAGAUCGAUGUCUUAAGAUUUAUUCUUGUUAGUUUGUUUUAAGAGGAUGCUUGAUGUGGACUUUCCGAACCACUCCCAUCUCUGUCCAGGGAAUAGAGCGUUUUUUCUUUUCACUCAAAAAGGCUGGAGUGGUUGUAUCGUUAGUUUCAACUUGUAAAUAAUUAGCUUAUGAUACAAUGUUGGAAUGUGAUGCUUUUGACUUGUUUCAUUUUUAAUAUCUAAUAUUGGAAAGUGCCAUUCACCUUCAAUUGGCCGGAUGACUGGCUUGUGAUGCAGAGUGAGGCAAACAGCGUGGGGUUCAAUUCCCGUACUGAAUGAGGUCACCUUAAAGGAUUCUCCUCAAACUCUCCCCUCACUUGAGGAGCGGUGACCCUCAGGUUAAACCACAGUCAUCUCUCUCCAAUGAAUGAGUGGUCCGAUAGGACUAUGGCAACUUUACCUUAUUACCAAACAAGUCCACACACCAGGGAGAUGGUCAACGUGUGAAGCAUUGAAUAUUCAGUUCCUCAAAGUUAGGUGAUAAAUAUUGUUCAGGAAAUAGGUAUGAUCAUGAUCUGUAUACCGCAGCAUUCCUAUGUCCCUAAUACUGUUUCUGGUGGUCUUUGUUUUAAAUAGCUUUGUCUUUCUGCCAUCUGUAUGUAUUUAUUUAAUUGCUGUUUCACUGGGAUGGCUAUGUGUCUGAUCCCAAUUUUCUCUCUCACUCACAGAUGUGCUUGUGUCAAUUGGGGGGAGGGUUUGGUUCUGAUUUCAAUGUUAAUACUUGUGAAAUUUUAUAUUGUACCGUCUCUGCAUCGUAUUCUGCUGAAUGGGAAUUUUUACUAACGAUGAUUGUUACCCGUUAGUUCUGAAAUAAAACUUCCCUCCUGCAUUCGGAAUUGGAAUAAUUUGCCUGUUGCUG